AUGCCAAAAGUGGAUUUGCGAGAGGGCGGGCUUUUGACAGUCUUUAUCAGUUUCGGAAGCGAUCUUGCUGCUGUUCUUCCCCCCAAGUCAGACUCACUGAGCAGCUGCGUAAAGAGCACAAGAUGUUGCAAAAUGCUCGCCGUGGUGCUCGAGUGCCAAACCGUACCGAUCAUCAGUAUGUUUCCCAUGGCGCGGCUUCUGGUGUGUGCGUGCAUCAGCUUGGCUGCUGCCGAGCUUUGCGAGACGGAGAGCGGGGAAGUUGAGUUUCAGCAGAGCCUGCUGCAACAUGUCGCACGGGUCUCAAAGAAUAAGAACAGUUCGAUUUGCGACACGGUGACGACGCCUGAUCCGUCAGCUUUGGCAACCUCGAUGAACCACGGGAACUUCUAUAUCAUUGCACUCAGCAAUGACACUGCCCUCAAUCCGACCUCCAUAGGUUAUUUCGAUAAAUACAACUUAAGGACGAAUUUGCAGGGAGGCGAUGAGAAUCGUAGUUUGUAUUUCACAAAUUGGUGGAUGGAGAGCGACGAUCCAUCUUCCAAGUGGGUCUUUGAGGAUGGAAGUCGAAACAUUACAGAUCCAGUAUCCUUGAGAAGGAUGGCCAUUAAGGACGCCAUUUGCGUGGAGCGGGGUUGUCGCUUCUCCCAGUGGCAUGUAGAAGUAUGGAAAGGAUUUCCGCUCUUCAUCAACUGGUCCUGCUCCGGAUACUAUGUGGGCCACGAGGUCUUGUGGGGUGGGGCACCUUCGCAUCCCGAAUUGCUUCCAUAUGCUUGGAGCCUCAUCAAAGCCAAGGGCGGCGGGAUCGAGCGCUACCCGCUGAAUGCGAUCAGAACCGGCCCACAUGACCAGCCAUGCCCUUGCGGGUUUUAG